GCAGGCGCAAAGAAGGAAAACACGGAAGAUCCACGUUAGAGGGUCCUAAACUGACAACACCCGAGCGCGAUCUCCUCUUUAAGACACCGUUAAUAAAUAAAAGCGAUCCCACAUUAGAUCGAGUGUAAUACGUCGCUUAUGCAGUGACUGUGGCCGCGUUCGAGUCCCGCCGGAUGGUGACUGACGCUCCUGUAGCUGAGCUGCUCGUGUAAAAAAUAAGUUUUACCUUCUGUGUGAGCAGCUGAAGAAGAUGCCUGCGCGCAAUGUUGUGUCCGACGGGGUCAGAUACUCCAGACUGGCCUCAGACGACGACGGCUACAUAGACCUGCAGUUCAAAAGGAGCCCACCCAAAGUCCCGUACAAAGCCAUAGCACUGGCCACGGUGCUCUUCUUAAUUGGCUCUCUCUUAAUUAUCAUUGGCUCGCUUCUCUUGGCUGGAUACUUUGGAGUCACUCACUCGGACCGGACCGUCCCUGUCCUUAUUAUUGGGAUCCUUGUGUUUCUGCCUGGUAUUUAUCACCUGCGGAUAGCGUACUAUGCAUCAAAGGGCUACCCAGGCUAUUCCUAUGAUGAUAUCCCUGACUUUGAUGACUGACCAGCACCGAUGCUUCAGCCCGGACUUCGUGCUCCCACAUGUUCCGUAGGACUUAUGGACUUUUAGCUUGUGGUACUUCUAAUGAUAAAUAGAUAAUAAAUGUUGUAAAUAACAGUUAUUCUGAUUUUGCCUGUCGUUGUGAGACCAAAUAAUGAUCAGAUGUGGUUUAAAUUGUAUAUUUCUGUUUUUAAUGACACAGCAAUUUAAUUUGUAAAUUGCUUAUUUGUUGUUUAGAUAUUUAUUUGGGAUUAUUUCAUUCCAAUGACUGUAAUAGUCAAAUCCCUUAUGGGCGACUGAAUUAAUACAUAACCACCUAAUCACUUUCUUUUCAGAUGUUUAGAGAAUUUGACAUGAUCCACCUGCUCAACUCUAAAAUAAAGCUGGCUCACAAAUAUA